AUAAAGUUAAUGUCAGGCAGUGGUCGCUUGUUUCUGUAAUUAAAAACGAUAAAAUACCUUAAUAAUUUCUUUAAUUAUUAUUUAUCAAUAAGAAGUAAGAUGUUUGUUGAUUUGUAUUGAAAUUUACGUAUCUUAUUUUAUAAAAAACGCUAAACAUUCUGAUACGAUUGAAUCAAUGCAAGUGAUCGACCGCUGGCUAAAGCCGAGCCGAGGGUGAUUUCUGAAAACCGGCAGUGAAUACUUGUGUGCAUUGCUUUUUGUUUUAUUUUAAUGCCAUUGUUAAUGAAGCGCUGAUGGCGUCGUCGUGAGUGUAUGUGAGCGGCGAUAUUUACUUAACGGAUUUUUACGGACGUCGAUGGAUAUUUAGGAGUUGCUUAUCGGCGCGGCCGCUUCAAGAUGAUGGUGGAAACCAUCCUUGAGUCCUCUCAGGACUUCGGCAUGUCGAACGGUCCCCUUCCACAGUGGAAGCGCGAGCUGCUGCAGCGGCGCGCGGCGCGCUCGCGGCCCUCCGCCCCGCCGCCCGCGCCGCCGCCGCCGCCACCGCCCCCGCCCACCGACGACGACGAGGAGCUGCGCUACGGACCCGGCAUCGUCAAGCGCCUCAAGUCCCGCUACCUCAGCCUGGCGCUGCGCGAGGCGCCGCGCCGCCGGCCCUCGGUGCUGCGCCGGGCCACGUCUCUCGAGCACCUGCUGGACGAGAGGCCGCCCCCCGCGCCGCGGCCGCACUGCCGGCCCGCGCGCCCCGCGUCGCUCGCGGCGCCCACGCACGCCGCGCUGGCCUCCGGGACGCCUCUGCGGCGCGACUCUGUCAAACGCGCUCGCUCCGUGGACGCCCUGAGCAGGUUGGAUGCGCGGGAUGAACCCAUCCAACCGCCGCCGCAGCCGCGCCCGCGAGUGCAGGCCCAGGACGGAUCUCCGACUCGGCCUCCUCCGCCGCCGCCGUCUCCUCCCCCGCCCCUGCCGCGCUCCGCCCGGCCGCCCCGUCGCCCGGCUCCGCUCCUACGCGAUACCGAAAGGCCUCCGCCGGACGUGGUGCGCUCCACGUUACGAAAAUUCGAGUCGGCUCCGCCUCGACGCCCCGCUCCGGCGGCUCGCGUGUCUGCAGUCUUGCGAGGUCUGGAAGGUCUACCGAGAAGUUCCACUCCGGAGCCUCGCGGCCGGUCUCCUAGCCCGGCCGCCGCCGAUAUAUCUGCCAUCGACGAGCCGGAAGGAGCGAUGAUGUCGACAGAAAUUAAACAGGUUUCCAAAGCGGCCUUGGAUGGCAUAGCGCGCGCCGGCUCAACCGUGCGAUACUCCUUCGAAGCGCCGAAACGUGGAUCUCAUCUUCCACCGCUGGCUGCCACUAACCCGGUUCUCUUGAAUCGUGUGCGCGUGUCUGCCUCGCCGCGCCGCGUCGGAGUCAUAAAGCCGAUGCCGGCGCCCGCGUCGGGCCGCGCGUCGCCGCCCCAGCGGGCUCUGGACGUGACGGACGACACGCCCCGGCUCGAAACCCCGCCACCUGACAUCGCGGAAACUUCCAUAACGAUGCGACCAGAGAGAAAGGAGCCGCCUCCCUCGGCUGUCGUAGAACCUAUACCUAGACCGCCUCCGGAAGAUUCUGAAACGUCGAGAGACCAAUCGAGCGCAUCGCGCGAGCCCACCCCCGAAAUCGAUCUGAAGCCGGAGCCGCGAAUCGAAAGCCCGGUCGCAAAAAAGCCCGUCGUCAACGGGCACGUGGAGAAAACUGAAUCGAAAGUGAAAAGUCUGAAAGCGGCUGGCAUCGAGCGCGCCUGGACCGGCGCCGGUGACAAGUGCGCCAAUGGCAAGCGCGAGAACGGUGAAGUGCGCAGUGCAGUGUCAGUGGGCGCGGGCGGCGCGGGCGGCGCGGGCGGCGCGGGCGGAGCGGCGCGCAAGCUGCGGCCGCCCGCGCCCGCCGCCACCUCCGUCGUCUUCAACUUCUCCAACCGCAAGGAGGUGCCCGACUACAUCGAGAACGACGGCAUCGUCCUCAGAGCCAACCGCCGCAACAGGUUUAAGGCGGGCGAGCCGGGCGUGGUGGUGCUGCGGCCGGAGGCGCUCGCGGCCGACUCGGAGUCGGAGGGCGAGGAGGAGGGCCGGCCGCCGUCGCCGUGCAGCGUGCGCUUCGUCAACGACAACGUGCUCAUCAACGGCCGCUCCUCCAUGCUCGCGCGCACGCCGCAGCACAAGCAGCGGGCGGCCAAGUUAAAGCUGCAAUUCGACGACUCGCUGACGCGCACCUUCGAGUAUCCCUCAGAGACGUCCCUCUGCGAGGAGUCCCCGAGCCGACCCGACACUGCCGCAAACGGCUUUGCCCUCAAUGGCUCUGCCCCUAACGGCUCUGCCACUAACGGCACUGCCCCCAACGGCACUGCCCCCAGCGACUGCGCCCUCGACGGCGCCCCCGCGCCGCCCGCCCAGCACAUAACAGCGCUCGCUGCCAAUACGCAUCUGGCGUGCGGCGGGCUGGCGCGCUACACGCCGAGCAAGACGCGCGCCGACCACUUCCAGCUCGGCCUCUCGCGCGCGCCGCACUCCGCGGAGCAAAGCGAAGCGGAGUCGGGCGCGGGUGCGGCGGGGCAGGUAGCCUCGGGGGUCGAGGCGCAAGUGCCUGUGAGGAGGAGGCUGAGGAGCAUUUACAUUGGCCCUCCGUACAACACGCGUCACGCGCACCGGCCUGGCCCGGAAACGAAACCCCUGCCUGGCCAGCGUGUGGCGCCAUACAUUGGCGCAAUAUGUCUCUUUAAGCCGGAUAUUCAUUUGAAUCAGUUGCAUUUCUAA